AUGUACUCGUUUCAGCAAGCUUAUACAGCAAUAGAAGCUUGGAAGGCUCAUCAACUGAGAUCUAUUCAACAGGAUAAGGCCCGCUUAAACAUCAUAGAUACCCUGGCAGAAAGUUCAGUGUUAAUCACUCAAGACUGGGCGAUGAAAUUCUUGUCCCGAAAGAACGGGGAAACCCAAGCCGACUGGUUUGCUAAAAGAGGAAUCUCUUGGCAUAUCAGUACCGUCGUACGUCGAAAGGGAAACCUGCAACACCAAGCAUUUGUCCACAUUGUGAAGAAUUGUAACCAAGACAGUGACGCGGUGGUAAGCGUUUUACGCCACACCUUGCAGCAGCUCAAAAUGGACCAUCCUGAAACAACAACUGCCUUUCUCCGCCAGGACAACGCUGGAUGUUAUCACAGUGUAACCAUGUUAGCUGCUUGUGGACUUAUGGAGAAAGCAACGGGAAUUAAAGUAAAAAGAGUUGAUUUUAGCGACCCGCAAGGCGGUAAGGGGCCCUGUGACAGAAAGGCGGCCACAAUUAAAGCUUACGUUUUAAGGUAUCUCAACGAAGGUCACGAUGUGGUCAUUGCAGAAGACUUCCGAGAUGCAAUGCUCUCUCAUGGUGGUGUUAGAGGUGUUCGGAUGGCUUUGAUCGACAUGUCCAUCGUGCGUCCAACGUCUCUGCGUGGGAAAUUAGAGGGAGUUAGCAGCCUUAACAACUUCCUUCUGGGAGACCGAGAGCUCACAGCGUGGAAAGCAUUUGACGUGGGUAAAGGAAAGAAAGUACUAUGGACACAACUGGAAGGUCAGACAUCUUAGAAGCUAUAGAUAACUAACUCAUAAUUUGGCACUAGUUUUGUUAUAACGUAGCGUAACUGAAUAGACAUCAAUGCGAACUACAAAAGAUAGCUGCAAUGUUGUUAAUUUUAAAGUAGGUUGAGAACUGUUGUAAUUUCAGCAUGCCCAUUCACUAGGCUUAAAAAGGUAACUAUACAAUACUUUUGAAGUAACGUUUGUUUUAGUGAGAUUGAGCAUCCAUAAUCCGCUACUGAAGUGUUUUGAUAAAAAUUUCUGAAGGCCUUUCUCUUUUAAUAUUUUUUCAGUCUUUCGUUAUUUAGUUGAAAUAGGCCCGCUAGAGGAACCAGUCUUCACACAUUGUUCAUUUUCUCAAGGAGACUUUCAAGAUGUCUCUUCAUGUGACAACGCCCAGGCUUCUAAUAAUAGAAAGGAAGAGUCGCCGACAAAAGAGGAAAGUGUUGUUUCCGCUGACCACGAAAGCCCGCUCUUUUAUUGUCCAGUGGAGGGAUGCGUAAGCACCUUUCAGCGCCACUAUAAUCUUGAGCGCCACUUGCAUUAUGAAAAAUGCCAGUUUCUCGAGGAGAAACACAGCCUCUUAGACAAGGCGAAGAUGAUGUACUUCGAAAAACUCGAAGAAGGUGCCAGUGCACAGCCUUUUAUAGCGGGCUCAGUUGUGGUAGAAAAGAGGGCGGGGCAUCUGCUAUCACCGAGUUGGGCCCUGCGUUCAACUAAAAAAAGUUCUAGAUUCAAUUUCAAGCAGAAGAAUUACUUACCACCGUUUUCGUUGAUACGCGACUUUCGAAAACAAAACACCCGCGGAAACGUUUCCAAAAUUUCCGUCAAUCAUGCAUGUUAUCGACAGAUCGGAUCGAAAUCCACCAAUCACAGCCCGCUAGCAUGACGUACAGAAGGUCAGAAGGUCACACUAGUGGUUGUGAUUGGUGGAUUUCGAUCCGAUCUGUCGAUAACAUGCAUGAUUGACGGAAAUUUUGGAAAAGUUUCCGCGGGUGUUUUGUUUUCGAAAGUCGCGUAUCAACGAAAACGGUGGUAAACGAAAAGUUUAAGAUCGGUGAACAAACUGGACAUAAAACAGACCCGGAAGACGUGGCUAGAGAUAUGAGGCACGCAAAAGAAGAAGAUGGCAGCCGCAUGUUCACACCAGCUGAAUUCCUUUCACCUCAGCAAAUUAAAUCCUAUUUUUCAAGAGCUGCAGCGAAGUUACGUCAGUCCGAAAGUUGCGAUGAUGCCUAUGAGUGCGAUGUUCAAGCCGUUGAAGAGGAAGAUGUAUACUCUUCUGUGCGCACUCAUAUAAUCCAGGAAUGCCAGCUUGUUCAUCCAGUCAUGUAUGACACGUACAAUCUGUGUGAAAUGUGCGAACAAAGGAAACUGACCAAGCUCAGCGUGUAA